AUGGGCGACGCUGCUGUUACAACCACGUCGUCUUCUUCUUACUCAGGCUUUGGCAAUUACCCUCUUUUUUGCGCUAUCGUUGCUUUCACCAUCGCUCAAUCCAUCAAAUUCUUCACCGUUUGGUAUAAGGAAAAGGUAUGGGAUCCGAAACAAUUGAUUGGAUCUGGUGGAAUGCCGUCUUCUCAUUCAGCUACUGUUACUGCUCUUGCCACCGCGGUUGGAUUUCGGGAAGGAUUCGGAGGACCACUUUUCGCUACUGCAUUGGUUCUAGCUAUCAUUGUGAUGUAUGAUGCUACUGGUGUAAGAUUGCAAGCAGGACGCCAGGCGGAGGUUCUUAAUCAAAUUGUGGUUGAACUUCCUGCUGAACAUCCUCUGUCUGACAGCAGACCUCUUCGCGAACUUCUUGGGCAUACCCCGCCUCAGGUUGUUGCCGGUGGUUUACUUGGAAUCGUAACAGCAGCUAUUGGUUUUUUAGUAACCCAUGUUUGA